GUUUGCUUAACAGUACUUUGGUUAUUAAGCAAAAAUGUGGUUCAGUUUGGGCAGGACUGAAAAUUUACCGAGUCAAUAUGAUCCACAAUAUAUACCUGUAUUUGCAUAUAUUUUAGAAAAAGAAAUUAUAAUAGCAUUUGUUAUAUUAUUGGCAUCCUUCGUUUUUUGUUUUGCAUCUUCUGGCUUAGAACGAAUAUAUUAUAGAAUAACCCAUGUAUUCAUUGCAUUACUUAUAGGUACAUUUAUAUUAGUUGAAAAUUUUGGACAGGAAUGGGAAAUAGGCAGUGUUGUAUCUAAGACACCCUAUAAGGCAGGAAGUUCAUGUGAAAUUUUAGCAAAUAUUGAAGUGAACCUUGGACUAAGGAGUGUUAACAUUACAUUACGAACAGAUGAUAACUCCAAUUGUAAAAUCAAAGAAAUAAUAAAUUAUAAUGAAAGAUUUGAGUGGACUUGGGAUCAAGGACGACUAGGAUUUGGACCUUAUGCUGGCAGACUUCAGCAGCAGUUUAGAGAUGCACAGCACCGUGGAUUACCUUUGCCUAUACUGUGGAUAGCAGAUUAUUUUAUUAUUGACGGGGAAGGGUUUCGUUUUGGCCGUUUUUAUCGAACAGCUGGAUGGUAUGCACACAUUCUACUGUGGGCGGCAUUUGCCACUUGGAUAUUAACAAUCAUUCUAAAUCAAUGUGUCAUUGUUUAUGGGGGAUAUUUUCUUUUCGUCACUGGUUGCUUACAGUUGUGCGCUGUUGCAGUCUGGUCGAUGGUAAGAAAUCCUAUACCGUUGGUGAUAAUUUUUGAAGAUGGAAAUAUUACCACUAGGUAUGGGCCGAGCUACUGGUUUGCCAUGGCAAAUGGCAUAUUUUGUAUAGCAUUAUCUUUUAUAAUAAUUGUAAUGUACCACUUCUUUGAAACAACACUUUACAACUUUUUUGGCCAGGACCCACAUGGAACUUACAUAUAUUUAACUAAUGAAGAAUUUUUAAGACCCAAAAAUAGAAACCCUCAAGCUUGUACUGAUUUAGAGAUGAGGCCCAUUACUCCAGGAACCAGUACUAUGGAAAAUGAAGAGGAAUAUCAACUUGUGUAUUACAAGAAAAGAUCAACAAUAUUUAAACCUCCAUCUGUAAAUAGAUCAAACAAACCUAAUUUGAAAUACUAGAAAAAAAUGUUUUAAACAGGAUUUUAUUAAUAAAUUAUAGUAAUAAGAAUUUUUAUAAUAUUUGUAGAACCCAACUUAGCUCUGCUUGUUUUUGUAAUUCUCUAGUAUAUUUAAAAGCUGUCUUGGGUCAAUGCAUUUUGAGUAGCUCUAGUUCUUGAUUCCAUGUAGUAAAGAAAUUUCAAUAGCUUAACAGGAUUUCUCUUGGGAUUUAUUUUCUUGAAUUGGGCAGAAAUGUUAUUUUUACUUUUACUUUUAGUAUGCAAAUAA